AUGGCAGGGUCGAGUCGCCAGCAGACACUUCCUUAUGCACUGAGUCGUCCAACACAAUCGAAUGUGAUUGACCUGACGCAAUCGAAUCCUCCCACGCCAGAUCCAUUCCCAGAGCUUGACAAUGCUUUCCAGGCAGGUGUUUCCCAGCCGGUCGACGCCUUCAGGCUGGAGUUCAUGCCUGAGCAAGAGCUUGCGCAGUUCCUGUUAGCUCCUACUCCAGCUGGUACAAGCUAUGCUUUUCAACAACCGCCACCUAUUCAGCAAUCCGUAACUGGUUCAGCUUAUGGAGCUUACGUAGCGCCGGAAGUGCCCCUCUACAUUGGCAACGCCGACAAGCCAUGGGCGCCGAGUGACAACGAGGACGAGUACGCGAUUCCUCUCACGACCGACGAAGCUCAGGCUGUUGAGAACCUCCUCGGUAACGUUUCAGCGCAUGAUGCCGAAGACGCACCUGAGCGCCGUGAACAGACGCCUCGCACCAUGUGCUCUGAGCUCAAAGAAUAUCAGAAGAUUGGGCUCACUUGGCUCAUCAAGAUGGAGACUGGCACCAGCAAAGGCGGUAUUCUAGCGGACGGCAUGGGUUUGGGAAAGACUGUGCAAGCGAUCUCCCUCAUCUGUGCUCGACCGUCUGAUGAUCUAAUCCGCAAGACCACCCUCAUCAUCGCACCUGUUGCCCUCAUGCGGCAGUGGGAGAAAGAGAUAGAACGCCACGUUCACCCGAGGUCUCGACUCAAGGUGUACAUCUAUCACGGCAGUGGCAAGAAUGCAGACUUCGCCAAGCUCCGCCAGUAUGAUGUAGUUCUCACAACCUUUGGCAUCCUGGCAUCCGAAUUUAAACAGAAGGAGACACGGAAGGAGUCUAUGAGGCAUCUGGAGGAGCAGCGGACCGGUGUUCGCCGCAAGGCUAAGGAGAAAUUGGCUCUGCUUGGCCAUGAAUGCAUGUGGUACCGCGUCAUUAUCGACGAAGCACAAUGCAUCAAGAACAGGCAGACGAUUGGCUCGAAGGCUGCUCACGAUCUGAUGGCGAUACACCGUCUGGUCAUGACGGGAACACCAAUGAUGAACACAAUUGAUGAGCUAUUCCCGCUCAUUCGGUUCCUUAGAAUCCCUCCAUACAACGAUUGGUCCAGGUUCAAUAAGGAAUUUGGCAAGCCGCUACGAAGUACUCAUCCCGAAACUCGAAAGCGCGCAAUGCAGCGCGUGCAAGUCCUGCUGAAGUCACUGAUGCUUCGACGCCAGAAGGACUCCAUCAUCGAUGGCAAGAUCGUCUGCAAGCUUCCGCCGAAGCACCUCUCGAAAGAAACUGUUGAGUUCAGCGAUGAGGAGAUGGAGAUUUACAAAGCUCUCGAGACCAAGUCCCAGAUCCAACUCAACAAGUAUCUCGAGAAAGGUACACUGUCAGCCAACUACGCAAACGUUCUCGUCCUACUCCUGCGUCUCCGCCAAGCCUGCUGCCACCCGCACCUCAUCAAAGAUCUUAGUCAGCCUGCCACCGAGAACAUCGCAGAAGACGACCUCUUGAGCCGAGCUCAGGCUCUAGCUCCAGACGUGAUCAUGAGAUUGCAGAUCGCGGAGGGAUUCGAGUGUCCAAUCUGUCUGGAGGCAGAUCUCAACCCAACAAUCAUCGUGCCCUGUGGUCACACCGUCUGCGGAGAGUGCGUGCAGAAGCUCGUCGAUCCAAAUCGUGGCAUUAGAGAUGGUCGUGAGAACGCCGGCGCAGCAAAGUGUCCGCACUGCCGCGGGGAGCUGAAGGCCUCCAUGAUCACUGACUAUAAACACUUCUGCAAGGUUCACGCUCCGGAGAAGCUGGACCCGGCCGAGCGGGCCGCUUCAGAGGAGCUUGUGGACGACGACUCUGACUCUGAAUCUGACUCAGACUCAGCUGAAGAAGAGGAUGAUGACGUUGACCAGAAUGGCAAUCUUGCUGACUUCGUUGUCCCCGACGAGGAAGAGUCUGAAUACGAAUCCGAUCAUGCAGAUGAUGACGAGGUCUCGGAGCCUGGUCCCUCCGCUAAGUCCAAGAAGAAGAAGAAGCGCGGCAAGGGCAAGGGUAAAGCCAAAGCUAAGCCUAAGGUCACUCUGGCGCAGCUCAAGAAAGAGUCCCUCCGCAACAAGGCUGCCAAACAGAAGUACCUGCGUCGCUUGCGGAAGAGCUGGAUCACGUCCGCCAAGAUUGAGAAGACGAUGGAGCUUGUGAGCGACAUUGCUGCGAAGGAUCCGACCGAGAAGAUGCUCAUCUUCAGCCAGUUCACUUCACUUCUCGACCUUCUCGAAGUGCCGAUGUACGAGAGGAAGCUGAAGUAUCAGCGCUACGACGGUAGCAUGUCGAUGGGUGACCGAGCCGAUGCCGUUGAGAAGUUCAUGGACAGUCCCGAUGAAAGGAUCAUGCUCUUAUCGCUCAAGGCAGGUAACGCUGGCCUCAACCUUGCUAAGGCCUCUCAAGUCAUUCUCUUAGAUCCUUUCUGGAACCCAUACGUCGAAGAGCAGGCUAUUGAUCGCGCUCACCGCAUGCCUCAGAAUAGGGAGGUUACCGUUCAUCGUGUUUUGGUCCCUGAGACCGUGGAAGAUCGCAUUUGCGAGAUUCAAGACAAGAAACGCGAAAUAAUCGACACCGCUCUGGACGAGAGAAGUAGCAAGAACCUCACCCGUCUCGACGCUCGUGAACUCAGGUUCCUCUUUGGCAUGGGCCGUUAGACGAACACGCUUACCGGAGAACCGCUUAUGUUGGAUCUACUGGGAUUUGUGAUGACUUUCAACCCUUCUAGGGAUCACGGUCCCUUAAAGAAAUGGACCACUGCGCUGCUUUUGGUCGCAGCAAGGAUGGUCUUUACGCAACGACACGUUUCGCUGGCCAAUCAUCUCACUAACCACACUUUGCUUUUUCACACGCUUGGCGUUCACAUUUGCGGCUCACCAUAUUCUCGCAUCUUGAUACCCGAUCUACACGGAUCACGGGAGUGCCCACUCGGGCGCUCAUGAUGGCAGGGUCACGAUGGUAACGGGCGUUCAAGGAUGUUUUGAGAAGGGCAAGAUGAUUUCAAGGCGGCUAUGGUGUUCCGGUCCAGGACAUACGUGCGCCUGCUUAGUAGACGAUGACUGCAACGACAACAGUAUCAAA